UGCAGGUUUUCGAAAAUUUUCAUCACAAAAAACAUAAACAAGGCAGUUCGCUGGAGAUAACUAAUAGAAUUUAGAAUCUCAUCCCUCACGCAAGGGGCCCUUUCAGAAAUUUUCGUAAGAGCUUAGCUGAUAAGAAGAUCCCAGACAACACACCACUUUGGUACCACAUGUUUCGAUGAUCUGUUGAUUUCACAAUAGUAUGAAAAGGAUGGCGCUCGAAACAACAUCUAAAGAAUAUCAGGAUGCGCUCUCGAAAGUUACUCUGGUGGAGCGUAAUCCCGCCCCGAAUGGGACGGCAAUUGUGAGCAUGUACCGAACGGGUGUGCGGGAAGCGGACGACAUCGUGACGUUGGCGAAGGAAAUUCAGUCGGCCGACAUUGCCGUUACGAAUAAUGCGUGCGCGAAGCUAGUCAUGAUAGCGGAGCAGGUCCGUUUUCUGCAGCAGCAGGCGAAAAAGAUUCUAGAGGAAACGCAAGCCGCACAAGAGCUACACCAUGCGGCGUGUAAUUUCCGUAAAAUUCCCGGCCACAUCUACCACCUGUAUAAACGGGCCUCGGGGCAAACAUACUUCAGUAUGCUGUCGCCGGACGAGUGGGGACCGAAGGGUUGCGAGCAUCAGUACCUAGGCAGCUACAAGUUGGAGCACGAUCAAACGUGGACCCCCAUCGAGAAGAUCGAGAAAGUGCAGGAGAACAUACGGUGGGCACACCGUGUGCUGGAUGCUGGGUUGAAUACUAAUCGGUCAAAUUUCCUUUCGAUUGAUGAAGCUGGUGCUAAUGACGAUAAAAUGGAAUCUUAGAUAAGUUAAACUUAUAAUAAAAUUACAAAAGAUUUAAUCAAUCUAACAACGUGCUAGGUGUUUGUCAAACAUAUAAUAUAUUUACUAUAUUUGGAAUCCGAUAUUACAAGUCUUGACAAUAGCAAAAGGAAAUAUU